UUUUGCACGUGUGCACAAAUAAAUUGAAAAUUUAAAUCAGGAUUGAUCCCUUUUUGUACUAAAAUAUUUCAAACGACAGUCAAAUAAAAGCGUUUUGAUAAUUUGGGCGUGGGAUCCAUCACUGAAUCCGUAACAAUUUUGAAAUAUUUUAACGUGCUUGCAUUAAUUCACAAAAUGCUAUAGGCUAAGACUACCGAAGGUUAUAGCUGUAAGAUCUGCAGCAAAGCUGAUGAUUCACAGAUGGUUUGCUGUGACGAGUGCGAAACAUGGUACCAUUUUCGGUGCGUUGGCGUUACAGCUUCGAUCGAAAAUGUGGACUGGCGCUGUGCGGAGUGCUGCACUCCGUCGCGCAACACUAUGGCAGGGCAGGAGAAAGGCCAAGAGGGCACGUGCGAUGGACUUGCUAAGAAUCCAAAUGCACAAGGUAAUGGUGGGGCACAUGCCCAAAACGUCGUAGACGCCGAAGUCGACGUACACGGUGUCCCACGCAGUAGUGCCAGCGGUAAGUCAGCAAAGAUGCGGCGACAACGUGCCGAGGCCGCACUUCUUGAGGAAGAGCUACAAAUUCUUCGUAAAAGAGAAGCGUUAAUUGAAAGGCGCCGAAAACUUCUACAAAACCUCGAAACUGAAGACGAAUGUUCCGAUCUGGACGAAGGGUUGGACUCAACCGCGGUGGAAAAGUGGCUUAAUGCAACUGUGCCUACCUUGCCCAACUCUGCGCCACCGAAAACACCGCACCAAGGUCACAAGACUCCAGCCGCGCAACCAGCAGGUCCCUCGGUUUCUCUCAGUCAGCCAAAAGAAGCACCCGACGACAGGAAUUUCCAGCACCAGAUCCAGUCCCUGCUGGAAAAGGUUUCUAUACUGGAGCAAAGUGUACACAACACGGCCGUUCCUGCAACCGGCGCAACAUGGAUACCUAAAUUGGUACCCAAAUGCUCGUCAUCACCGACGGAUCCUAAGGCAACUGGCGAAAACGUCCCGAUGCCGUCACUCUGUCUCACCAAGAAUCAGAUUGCUGCGCGCACUAGUGUUGGUAAAGACUUACCUAAGUUCAACGGCAAACCGGAGGACUGGCCUUUGUUCCUAGCCACUUACCAGCAAACUACCGAACUAUGUGGGCUCUCCGAGGGUGAAAAUCUUUUACGUUUACGACACGCUCUAGAGGGAGCCGCUUGGGAUGCCGUCAGGAACUUACUCUUACAUACUUCAUGCGUAUCGCAAAUAAUCGACACGCUAAGAAUGAAGUUUGGGCGCCCCGAGCUUAUUAUCGCUGUACUCGUGACACGAAUCCGGGAAAUACCAGUCGUAAAGGAGAACCGUCUUGAGGCUUUAGUCGACUUAGCCUUAGAGGUACAAAAUGUUUGCGCAACAAUGAAGGCUUCGAAUAUGCUGUGCUAUCUCAACAACCCCGAGCUGGAGCAAGAGCUAGUGAACAAGUUGCCCGGACUUCUUGCCGCAUUUUGGGGUAUGCACAAGUUGCAGUUGUCUUCCUGCAAUCUAGAAAACUUCGCGGACUGGCUACUUCAACUCGCCCAAGGAGCGAGGAGGAGGAGUGUAUUGGUGCCGUCCGUGACUUCAAAACCAUCCACCAAACGUGGAUACUUAAAUGCUCACGCUGGCGAUGUCAGAACUGGGAAACACAGCCCGUGCGUCAUAUGUCAUGGAAAGUGUAGUACGACGGAGAAUUGCAGCAAAUUUAGGGCUGCGGAUAGAGCGGAGCGGUGGAACUUAGUGCGUCUAAGUAAUUUGUGCCGUCGCUGCUUAAAGGUACACCCUCGUCUUCAAUGCCCCUCUGAUGUCGUAUGCGGGAUAGAUGGUUGCGUUUCCAUACACCAUCCCUUACUUCACAAACAGCGGAACAAUCCAGUUAGCUCACCACUGGUUAACUCCACGCUAAACACUCAUAGCUGCGACACGGAAUCAAUUUUAUUUCGGGUGCUACCGGUAACGCUUCACGCUAAGUUCUAA